GAAGCUUCUCUUCUUCCUCUUCCCCAGAGCACGCAGCGCGCGGGUCGUCGCCUCCACCCCCCCGCUGAUCCACCAACCCUCCCGUCUCAGAUCCCCGCCGCUGUCCGCGCGAGAUGCGGGCGCCGGCGAUGCUCCGAUGGGCCGCGGCCGCCGUGGCGCUCGCGGUUCUGCUCGCCGCCGCGCCGGCCGCCGGGUUCUACCUCCCCGGCGUCGCCCCGACUGACUUUAUGAAGGGAGAUGAGCUUUUGGUGAAGGUGAAUAAGCUGACGUCAAUAAAGACUCAGCUCCCCUACACGUAUUACUCCCUUCCUUUCUGUAAGCCGAAUACCAUAGUUGACAGCGCUGAAAAUCUUGGUGAGGUUCUUCGUGGUGAUCGCAUUGAGAACUCCCCUUAUGUGUUUCAAAUGAGAGAGCCCAAGAUGUGCCAAAUUGCCUGCAAAUUAGCUGUUACUGAGAAAGAAGCAAAGGAGCUCAAGGAAAAGAUUGAGGAUGAAUAUCGUGUGAACAUGGUUCUUGACAAUCUGCCACUAGUUGUUCCUGUUACAAGACAAGAUAAGAACACGAUUGCUUAUCAAGGUGGAUAUCAUGUUGGUGUCAAGGGCCAGUAUACUGGAAGCAAGGAUGAGAAGCACUUCAUCCAUAACCACUUGUCAUUUUUAGUUAAGUAUCACAGGGAUGAUGAUUCAGAACUUUCUAGGAUAGUGGGAUUUGAGGUCAAAUCAUACAGCAUCAAGCAUCAGUUCGAUGGGAAAUGGAAUGAUGCGAAUACUCGUUUGAGCACAUGUGAUCCCCAUGAUAACAAGUUUGUAACAACUAAUGAAUCUCCUCAGGAGGUCGAAGUUGGCAAAGAUAUCAUAUUCACCUACGAUGUUCACUUUGAGGAGAGUGAAAUCAAGUGGGCAUCCCGAUGGGACACAUAUCUGUUGAUGUCUGAUGAUCAGAUUCACUGGUUUUCUAUUGUUAACUCUCUCAUGAUCGUGCUUUUCCUAUCUGGUAUGGUGGCGAUGAUAAUGAUGCGCACCCUGUAUAGAGAUAUAUCUAGGUACAACCAGCUUGAAACUCAAGAAGAGGCACAGGAGGAAACUGGCUGGAAGCUUGUUCAUGGAGAUGUUUUCCGUCCUCCAACCAACUCUGAUUUACUCUGUGUUUAUGUUGGCACCGGAGUCCAAUUCUUUGGCAUGCUGCUCGUUACGAUGAUCUUUGCUGUUCUGGGAUUCCUUUCUCCGUCGAACCGGGGAGGAUUGAUGACUGCAAUGCUUCUUGUCUGGGUCCUGAUGGGGUUGCUUGCUGGUUAUUCUUCUUCCCGUCUCUACAAGAUGUUCAAGGGUUCAGAGUGGAAGCAGAUAACCCUGCGCACAGCUUUCCUGUUUCCGGGGAUUGCUUUUGUUAUUUUCUUCAUCUUGAAUGCUCUUAUAUGGGGGGAGAAAUCAUCUGGUGCCGUUCCUUUCACCACUAUGUUUGCCCUGGUCCUCCUUUGGUUUGGCAUCUCAGUGCCCCUUGUGUUUGUUGGGAGUUAUCUUGGGUUCAAGAAACCUGCCAUGGAGCCUCCAGUGAAAACCAACAAGAUUCCACGACAGAUCCCUGAGCAAGCUUGGUACAUGAAUCCUCUCUUCACCAUUCUAAUUGGUGGCAUUCUGCCAUUUGGUGCUGUUUUCAUUGAGCUAUUCUUCAUCCUCACCUCGAUCUGGCUGCACCAAUUCUACUACAUCUUCGGCUUCCUCUUCCUGGUGUUUGUUAUCCUCAUCAUAACCUGUGCAGAAAUCACGAUUGUGCUCUGCUACUUCCAGCUGUGCAGCGAGGACUACAUGUGGUGGUGGAGGUCUUACCUCACCUCUGGAUCCUCCGCGCUUUAUCUCUUCUUGUAUGCUGCAUUCUACUUCUUCACGAAGCUGCAGAUCUCUAAGCUGGUGUCUGGCAUCUUGUACUUUGGGUACAUGCUACUUGCCUCGUUCUCGUUCUUUGUGCUCACCGGAACAAUUGGUUUCUGCGCGUGCUUCUGGUUCACUAGGAUGAUUUACUCUUCUGUCAAGAUUGAUUAGUUGCCAGAGCACAGACAGAGCAUAGCAUAUGUUUUCAGCUUUUGGGUCAAGAGAACUGUACCAUUAAAGUGAUGUGGGGUAAUACCCCCCGAAAUUUUUCUCUCCAGUUUUCGCAGGAAAGCUACAUUUUGGGAUUAGUUAAUGAAUGAUUUAUGUUUGGUGAAGUGAUACAUCUUAGUGAUUUGGGGUUACAAGGUUAGAAGAAUACACUGUUGUGAUGGAGCUCCAUAUUUUGCAAAUUUGAUGUACCAGUGUAUAAAUUUAAUUGAUUAUGACCGGUAUUCCUGCACUGGAUCAUCCACUCGUGAGGUCCAAGAACCAUAGGGAAUAACACGAUGGCAGGAAUUUAAUCACUGUUCUAGAAUGUGAAA